AACACUGCAAGAACAUGUCACGUGACUUGAAUUCCAAGAGUUACUUGUGCCUACGCAUGCGUCAGGAUCCCGCGCUCUCGCGUGCAUUUUCUUCAUUUGUACUUUAUAUAUAUCAAAUAAAGCUAAUUGCAUAUAAUUUUUUCAGGUGACAAACACGGUGAUAAUACAGCCAGUGAUAAAAACGAUGCUAAAUCUACUGAGGAUAGCUCUGAACAACAAACUACUUCUCCCGAGACGACGUUGAAUUCAAGCUGGCUCACAGACAAUAAAGACAUCAAUCUUGACUCUGCUGUAGGGCUAACAUUGGAUCAACUGCGUCAUAUUUACCACUUGAAAGUAGCUCACUUUAAACAAGAAGCUGAAGCAGCCAUCAUGAGCGCUAAGCUUGUGACAGAUAAACUUGCCGCAGAAACAACCGCAAGGACGGAAGCACAGAGACAACUGGAAGCUGUUUUGAAACAAAACAAGGAACUCAUUUCUACUGUGCAACAACUCGUCGCACAGGUUCACGCUCUCCAUUCACAACGACACACUCUUUCUACGUCACAUGGUUUACGACUCAGUUCCAGUACCUCAUCGUCCAUGUCAUCGACUCCUACUUUGACACCGAAGCACUUGCCUUCAGGAUCAUCAAGAAAGAAUCCCGGUGAAUCUCCAGUGUUGCCUUUCAUUCCUCCACCUCCCAUCACACCAAGUCCAAACCAUUCCCGCCAGAAUAGCAUCGACAGUUGGUCUUCGUCUCUUUCUGGUGCCAAAUUAGGAACAACUUUAGACACUUCUGAGAUUGAACUCUCUGAAUCAAAGCGUAACCCCCAACCUCAAGAAUUCCUACGUUUUGUAUUUGACAAUUCCAAUUCUUCAGACGUUUUUAUGGGGRCUGAAGAAAGUAGYAGUUCAACAGUUACCGCUGACACGGCAACUGAAUCUGCGGGCUCAACAACGACUAAUGAAAAUGAMAAUAGCGGCUCAGCUAGACUUGAGCCAAAUAGUAUUUGAUAUAAAAUUCACAGAGAAGUAUUUUUUAUUAGAGAYUUUAUGAUAUUCWUGUCACGCUCCUUGUUGAAUAUAAGAMUUUUUAUAUCCAAUAUCAUUCUCAUGGCCUUCUCUAUAAUUGCUAUUACAAAGAAUAGCGUAUGUUUUGAACUACGCCAUUUUGAAAAAGAGCCAGUGCCAGUAGAGAGACACUGGUAACGAAGUUGUUUUAUAUAGGUGCGGACAACAAAAGCGCUUGCUCAAGCAUUUUUGAGAAUCCGCUGAAAAUUAAGGAACAGCUUUCGUUUUCACAAGAUACACUGCAAGAUUUCUAGUGUACAAAUAGAUUUAGAUAUAUAAAAAAUUGGUAUUAAUAGAUGUUCAGUUAUGGACRUUAUCGGCUCGAAAAGGAUUACUGGGUAAUUUUAACUUCGUCCAUAUUAACUUUAGACUCAGCUUUAGACUCAAUGCUAAAUUUCACCAUCCCAACCGCCAUCUUGAAAAGUAGCCAAGAUAGCGCAGGUGACUUUAGAAUAGAGUAUUUCAGCUGAAGCAAAUUGAUUAUUAGACAAAUGUGAAAAUAUUUAGAUUAAUUGCUCAUGGCAUUGAAACGCUUUGAGAAUUUUUAACAUAAGAACUGUGAAGUUUUUUAUUGCAAAUAAAGUCAAUUAUAUUUUGUUAUUAUUUGAAAA